GAUGCUAGCCGGGCCCCGAAGCGGGGAGGGGAGUUGAGUGUGACCCGCGAGUGCCGCUGCUUCUGCGGGGGGGAGGGAACAAGAUGGCGUCGGAGGGCGAGUUGGGCAGGAAGUGGGAUCGGUGUCUGGCCGACUCGGUCGUCAAGCUGGGUGCUGGUUUUGGAUUAGGAAUUGUUUUCUCAGUUAUCUUCUUUAAAAGAAAGACAUGGCCUAUUGCAUUUGGGUCAGGGAUGGGGUUAGGAAUGGCUUAUUCUAAUUGUCAGCAUGAUUUCCAGUCUCCAUAUCUUCUCCAUGGCAAGUUUGUAAAAGAACAGUGACUAAUGACUUAAGAACAUCCCAGUGGGACGAAAGGAGAAAUCAUGGUUAUUCCUCAGGAAUAUUGAAGUGCCCCUGGAGUAAGCCAACGUUCUUCUGAAACACUUAUCAGUUGCUCUUUAUACUCCAACAAGCUGUUUAUGUACAUGGAACAAAGUUCUGCAUCUUGUUUUGUAUUUUCUCUCCAGAAAGUGCCAGGAGGAACUCUUCUGAAAAAUAAAUAAAACAAAAGUGGACCCCC